GUAAUUAUUUUGCUUAUUAAAGUUAUGUCUUGUAAUUUAAAAAAUGCAAGGCUUUUUAGAUACUGAAAGUGAUCCAUAUAAAACCAGUUUUUCUGUGUUUGUAGCAAUUUUAUAUUUAAAAGUUCUAUAUAUUUUAAUUAUGACACUGUAUGUGCUUUCAAGAUUUAACCAGCUAGUCAUUUAGGUAAUUGAUAACUGAUAAUUGUUGUAUGGUAAUUAUUAUAAUGCCUUCGUUAAUUUUAACAAAAUGGGAUGUCGAAGAUGCUGUUUAUGUACCUGCAGGAGUUGUUUCUAAUUUACAAAACUAUCAUCUUGCUGGUAUAAGGUUUUUAUAUGACUGUUAUCAAAAUAGGUUGAAGGGCGGUAUUUUAAACCAUGAUGUAGAUAUGAAUUUUCCAGCCCAAGUUUCUGCUUUCUUCACUGCUUUAAAAAAAGAGAUUCAAGUGGCAUCUCCUGCUUUAAUAAUUUGUUCAGAAAAUAGAUUUUUAAAAUGGUUGUAUCACCUUAAAAUAUAUGGUAAUUUUACAGUACAUUGCCCUAAAGAAUGCAUCUCAGAAGACAUAAAAGAAGGAAUUAUAAUGACAUCAAUUCAUCAGACUAAAGUGCUUCAAAAUUUAGUAGAAAGAAAUUUUUCAUUUAUUGUCAUUGAAGAAUUUGAUUUAGUAUCUAAUAAGAGGAUUUUUAAACAAUUACGGGGAGACUUUCACAUUGGAUUAACAACACACAACUUUAUAAAAGAACCUAAUCAGAAGGUAUUCUUUGAAAUGAUAAAUUGGACUAACCCUGGUGUAUUAGGGAAGUUUUCCCAAUUCUGCAAGGAUAAUAUUGAGCAUUUGCAAAAUUUUCGCUGGCCUUAUGAAAAGUAUUGGCAUCGAUUAACAUGGAACUUUUGCGACACUUUUACAAGACCCACAGUUGAAGAAAAAAAGGAAUAUGUUGAACGAAUAAAAUUGUGGGCAAAACAGGAAAAAGUUGAGAUAAAUUUAUCAAUGCAUGAAAACAUUCCAAAGAAAAGAAAAUACAAGAAAACACAAACUAAAACAGAACAAAAAGAGAUGCAAAAAGCUCCAUUUACAUCUUCAGAUAGUUCCAAUGAUGUUGUAGAGACUUUAGGCAAAAAAACUAAUAUUAGGAGGAAAAAGAGAAAAGUAACACCUAAUAAGCAUGUUAAAGAAAAGCCAGAGGCAUAAACAAUUUGGUAGCAAGUAAUUGUAGUCCUGAUUAUAAUUCUGAUUCAAAUAGUGAAAAAAAGUUUUCAAAUCAACCACAUAAUGAAAAUGAGA